AUGAUCGAUGAGAUCUACUCCAACGGCGUCACGAAUCCCAGCGUCGCAGGCCGAUCAUCAGAUAGGUUGCAGAAAUCGAAGAUUGAACUGAAGAAGAAGAAGAAGCCACCAGCUCAACCUACUGGUGGUGCAGAAGCUAUUGCGAUACUUAUUGGGCCUGAUGCACCUAUAGCAAUUGAAAGCAAAUUGAGGGGAAGCCAUAUGUCUCAUGCUUAUGAUUUUUACAAGCCCAACCUUGCAAGUGAAUACCCGGUUGUUGACGGAAAGCUCUCACAGACUUGCUAUCUCAUGGCACUUGAUUCUUGCUACAAAAGUUUCUGCAAAAAGUACGAGAAAUUGGAGGGCAAACAAUUUUCAGCUGAUGCUGACUAUUUUGUGUUUCAUUCUCCAUAUAACAAGCUUGUUCAGAAGAGCUUUGCACGGUUGGUGUUCAGUGAUUACUUGAGGAAUGCAAGGAGAGCUGAAGAGGCAGAAAACAUUCCAAUCUCUUUGGAUGCGAAGAAUGUAAACGGCAAAGAAGGUGACAUUUUGUCGCAAAUUAGAACCUGUCCUCCAUCACCUCAAUGUUUUUCAGUUGGUCGUGCCCCUAGCAAAGCCACCCCUCUCAAAGCUUCCAGAUUCAGGCCUCCGAAAGACUGUAAUACGACGUAGUUUCUAAGCACAAAGAAGUAGAUAGUAGAUUGUAGAUGAAGAAUAUGCCUUUAAGGAAAUAAGUCGGGGGCAUGAGGUAAUCAUCAAAAAUCUCGGAGCCCAUGGAGACGUUCGCGUCCCAUGGCAUCAUUCCACAUUAUUAUGAGUUCUUUAUAACCAAGGAGAGUUAAGGUUUAGAGUCUAGUCAGCAUUGAGAAAACCAACUGGGUAGGUAUGUUAGACCUUUGAUAUUUUCAACUGUCAUGGAAGUCAGCGAACUCAAAUGAGUAUAACUUGCACUUUCAUCACCCACUUCAAAAUUGCGAAAUGUGUUCGGAAUCAAAACCUUGUUGAGAGACAAUGAGAUGAGUGAAUCAAAGUCAAACGUAUUCCUCACUUCAUUUACCUCUUAAAGGCCCCGAAAACCAUGCGACCUUCACCAGCGGACACUCCUCAAUCUCCAACUUCUUAAGCGGGGAGGAUUACUUGGCAAUUUUUGCAAAAGCUUGGGGUAUUUAUUAAUGAACAGUUCUGACAAGUGAGCAAAUGCUUGAGCUCCAUUGACUACAAAAGGAGACCAUUCUUCCCAAUUAGGCAUGUCAUCAAAGGUCAAAAUCUCCAGAGAUGGAAAAAGAUUUGAUUAACCCAACCCAUAGAACUCAAGUCCGACCUACUCUACUUCAUUCAUCCCUUGAAUGUAGACUUUUGCAAGUGAUGGUAACUAACCCUAAUGGGGGUAAGGAAAUGCUUUUUUCACAAUUCAGGAACUUGAAGGAGACCAUCUUCGAGAACGAAGAGUUUCCAACCCAAGUCGGAAUUCUUCUACCAUGGUAACCACUAAUGGUAAGCUCAUUCAAGUUAUCGUGAGGUUCAAGCAUGUCAAGAAUUUCUAAUUCAACAUUUCCAUUGCGAGAAUGAUCCGAGGAGAUACUCCACUUUAGAAAUAGCACAUCUAAGACUUGUUUAUCUUUCAAGUUGACCCUCCUAGCAUCUAGAGCAUCCGCCACAUCCUCCAAUCCUGAUAUGCAAAUUGUCCCUCUAAGAUGAAUCAAGCUGCCCAACUCAGAUAUUUUAGACCCAUCACCUUUGCCAACAAUAAAGUUUGAUAAUGUUUACAGACUUGUCAUUUACCCAUUUUUUGUGGCAUUUCUUGGAACGAAUUUGCACCAGUAAUAUCGAGAUGACGCAAGUUAAUAAGGUUCCUAGUGUUUGCAGGCAACUUGGUGAGAUUUUUGCAAUCUCUCAAUAGUAGUGUUUGCAAGUUGUAGAGAGUUUCUAUUGAUUUCGGUAAUGUGGCAAUAAAAGCAUAUGAAAAGUCAAGGUACCUCGUGUGUUUCAAAUCCCUACUCGAACUAUGAAGUUCAUGUAUUAAAUACCUUCUCAAACUAAGCACGUGUAAACAUGAGGUUUGAGUGGAGAUUUGAAACACAUGAGGUACCUUGACCUUUCAUAUGCCUUUAUUGGCAAAUUACCGGAAUCAGUUGGAACUCUCUAUAACCUGUAAACACUAUUAUUGAGAGAUUGCAAAAAUCUCACCAAGUUGCCUGCAAACACUAGCGAUCUUAUUAACUUCCUUUGUCUUCUUGUUACUGGUGCAAAUUUGUUACAAGAAAUGCCAGAAAAAAUGGGUAAAAUGACAAGUCUCCAAACAUUAUCAAACUUCAUUGUUGGCAAAGGUGAGAGGUCUAUGAUAUCUGAGUUGGGCAGUUUGAUUCAUCUUAAGAGGGACAAUUUGCAUAUCAGGAUGUGGCAGAUGCUAGGAGGGCCAAUCUGAAGGAUAAACAAGGCUUAGAAGUGCUAUUUCUAAAGUGGAGUAUCUGCUCGGAUCAUUGUCGCAAUAGAAAUGUUGAAUUAGAAAUUCUUGACAUGCUUGAACCUCACGAUAACUUGAAAGAACUUACCAUUAGUGGUUACCAUGGUAGAAGAAUUUCGACUUGGGUUGGAAACUCUUCUUUCUCGAAGAUGGCCUCCUUCAAGUUCCUGAAUUGUGAAAAAUGCAUUUCCUUACCCCCAUUGGGGUAGUUACCAUCACUUGCAAAAGUCUACAUUCAAAAAAUGAAAGAUGUAGAGCAGGUUGGACUUAAGUUCUAUGGGUUGGGCUACUCAAAUCCUUAACCAUCUCUGGAGAUUUUGACCUUUGAUGACAUGCCUGAUUGGGAAGGAUGGUCUCCUUUUGUAGUCGAUGGAGCUCAAACAUUUGCUUACCGAUCAGGAUUGUUCAUUAGUAAAUGCCUCAAGCUUUUGCAGAAAUUGCCAAGUAAUCUUUCCAACUUAAGAAAGUUGAAGAUUGAGGAGUCCCUGCUGCUGAAGGUUGCGCGGGUUUCGAGGCCUACAGAGAUAAAUGAAGUGAGAAUACGCUUGACUUUGAUUCGCUCCUCUCAUUAUCUCUCAACGACGUUUUGAUUCCGGACACCUUUCACAAUCUUGACGUGGGUGAUGAAAGUGCAAUUUAUACCCAUUUGAGUUCGUUGACUUCCAUGACAGUUAAAAUAUCCAAGGUCUGGCAUGCCUACCCAAUUGGUUUUCCCAAGGGCUGACUAGACUCCAAACCUUAACCCUCCUUAGUUGUAAAGAACUCAUAAUAUUGUGGAAGAAUACUAUGGGACGCGAACUUUCUCCAUGGGCUCUGGGAUUUGAUGAUUACAUCAUGCCCCCAACUUAUUUCCUUAUUUGAAGAAGAGGAGGAUGGGCUACAACAUCAUGAGGAGGUCCUUAACAUAAUGAAGCUGCGUAUACACAGUUGCUGAAAAAGCUGCGGACAACCUCAAAUUUCUUCUGGAGCGUAGUGUUGGCAAUUCUCAAAUUUCUUCAGGAGGUUAGUAUCCAUUUGGCAUGGUAGUUCAACUAAUUUUAGGGAUCUUCAAAAUUUCCAAUGCAUUAGGGAAUUGGCCCUGUACUACAUAGUCUACAUGAACCACAGGAUAUUUGUCUUCAAUUACCGUGUUUUAGCCUUCAAUAUUUACUUUAGCGCUCUGGUAUACCCAAUCCAUUACUAUGUAGAAUUACCCUUUUACUAUGUUCUAAAAACUUCAUCUAGUCUACUAAAUGAAACCUAAGUUAUCCCA